AUUAGCUCUUGUAUACCCGGUCUGGUUCAUAUCAUAUUGUGUAUAUUUAUGUAAGAUACGACUGAAACACGUGACCGUCCCCGCUAUUGCGGGUGCGGUAGAAUCUUUCCAUGUUCCACGAUGAUAGCCUCGUCCGAUCCGCCUGUAGACUAUUGCGCUGGUCUGUGUCAGUAAUGGUUCUCCUUAUUCAUAAUGGCAUUGUAUUAUUGAAAUGUAAGCAGUAAUCUACUGCCCCCCCCAACAGAUGUGAUGGACUCGUUUUUGUAUACAAACUCAGUCGCCGCCUCCUGGACAUGCCCUGCGGUAUCGAACGACAUUGUCCACUCUUUUCACCGCAGUCUCCCUGACUAUAGCGAAACAAGGCUUCACUCCCUCCCGGACCUCGCCACAGACCUCGGAGUCGCGCACGUUGUGAUCAAGGACGAGUCCACACGCUUCGGCUUACCUGCUUUCAAGAUCACGGGUGCGUCUUGGGCCGUCUACCGCGCAGUCUGCGAAGCCACUUCACUACCACUGAAUGUAUCCUUGGAGGUUCUGGGCAGGGCCGCCAACGAUAGAGGUAUAAGGAUGGUAGCAUGUACUGAAGGCAAUUGGGGCCAAGCAGUCGCGCAGAUGGCUCGAUAUUUAAGCAUUCCGGCUACGAUCUUUGUCCCGCGUUUCAUGUCCACAGCAACGCAGGCGACUAUCGAAGGGGAGGGUGCGCAAGUGAUCAAGAUUGAGGGCGAUUACGACGAGAGUGUAAAACGUGCGGAGAGGGAGGCCAAGGAGAACGACGCGUUGCUGUGUAUGGAUACCGCCUGGCCCGGUUACGAGAAAAUCCCGGCCUGGGUUGUUCAAGGGUAUGCAACGAUAUUGAGUGAAACGGACGCGCAAUUGGAGCAGUUGGUCGGACGACCGGCUACACAUGCGUUUGCACCGGUUGGUGUGGGAAGCUGGGGACAUGCAGUGACAGUCCACUACAAGUCGAAGACUGAAGGCCAGCGCGCAUUGGUCGUUGCUGUGGAGCCGGAUACCGCGGCAUGCUUAAAGACAUCGCUUAAAAAGGGCAUGAUCACCUCGAUUGAGACAGGAGAGAGCAUCAUGGCCGGUAUGAAUUGUGGAACGGUCAGCCUGAUGGCUUGGCCUGCAUUAAGAGAUGGAGCGGAUGCCGUGGUCACUGUGACUGAUGUGGAAGCCCACAGAGCAGUAGAAUAUCUUCAUUCGAGGCAAGUAAUCGCUGGUCCAUGUGGAGCAUCGACGGUUGCGGCCUUCAGGAAGAUCAGCAAUCAGCUAGGUCUGGGAAGGGAGAGUGUUGUGGUGUUAUUUAGCACAGAGGGAUCGCGAGAGUACAAGAUACCGGAAUGACCCCGUCAUAUAAGAACAUUUCUGUUUAUCCAAGGUGACAAAGCCUUCUUCCGCCGAACUGAUAGAUGAAACAGCUUGGCUUUGGUUGAUACCUCAUUCUCCUGACACAAUUAUCGCUGUAGAUUUCGACACAUACU